CUGGCCAAAUUGUGAUAGCCACUUUUUCUGCUGGUGCAGUGACAGUUUCAGAACAUUCUGGGUUGUUCUAAACCAGUGAUACUCCUGGGUUAAGAGCAUAAGAGACUCCAGUGGCGUGGCUUUUCAGAGCCUUAAAGUGUGUCAUAACGAUAGAGACAUAAGUAUAAUCAUGGCAGUGGAUCCCUCAAGUCAGGACUCUGCAAGACAUUGUAAUAGGAGCAGCUCCAGAAGACACACAAUCCCCUGCUGUUGGAAAGGACACAGUAGCGUCAGCCGGAGCCAGGGCAGGAGAUUAUCCCCCCUGGCGUUCCUGUUGCCCGUGUGCGUGCUGCUGUGUGUGUGGGGAGGGGUGGAGGGGGUGGUCCACUCCAGCUUCCGCCGUCUGAGCGGUCGUGAGAAGAAGGAGAUGCAGCGCGAGAUCCUCUCCGUGCUCGGCCUGCCGGGACGCCCCCGUCCCCACCCUCCGCUGCGCCCCCCGUCCUCGGCGCCCCUCUUCAUGCUGGACCUGUACCACGCCGUGUCCGAGGGCGAGGAAGGCCUGGGGGGCAGGCUGGCCGCCGAUGGGACGGGCCACGUCCACACUCACGCCUUCCCCACCCUCAGCACGCACAUGCCUCCCCUCGGCACGGUCGUCAGCGAGGCUGACACAGUCAUGAGCUUCGUCAACCUCGUGGAGCAUGAGCGAGACCUGCUUCAACCACGUCCGUACUGGAAGGAGUUUCGCUUCGACCUCACACCCCUCCCACAGGGAGAGACCGUGACGGCGGCGGAGUUUCGGAUCUACAAGACGCUGACCAUGGGCCAGAGGGCCAACCACACGCUACACAUCUCUGUUUAUGAGAUCCAGCGAGAGAACAGACACAGGGAGCCAGAGUUGGUGCUCCUGGACAUGCAGUCAGUGCCAGCGGGGCAGGAGGGCUGGCUGGCGUUUGACGUGACUUCGGCGAGUAACCGCUGGCUGCUGAACCCACGGAGCAACCUGGGCAUCCGGCUCUACGUGGAGACGGAGGAGGACCGGUCACUGUCAGCAGGAUGGGUGGGGUUGGUCGGGCGACGGGGCCCCCGCUCAAAGCAGCCCUUCAUGGUGACAUUCUUUCGGGCCAGCCAGGCCCCCUGCCGCCCUCCUCGAGCUCUCCCCCGCAACAACCCCCGCAAGAAUAAAAAAACCAAAUAUAUCCUACCACACCCUAACCGGCCCGGAAUGUUUGAUCAGAUUCCUUCAAGUGGCCGGCAGGCAUGCAAAAGACAUGAGCUGUAUGUGAGCUUCAGUGAUCUGGGCUGGAAGGACUGGGUGUUGGCUCCACGGGGUUACUCAGCCUAUUACUGUGAUGGAGCGUGUGACUAUCCCCUAGGGGCCUGCAUGAAUGCCACCAACCAUGCCAUGAUCCAACUAGUGGUUCACCUCAUGAAGCCAGAUGAGGUGCCCAAAGCGUGCUGCGCCCCGACCAAGCUGAGCCCCAUUUCUGUGCUCUUCUACGACGACAACAACAACGUCAUCCUCAAGAAGCACCGCAACAUGGUGGUCAAGACCUGCGGCUGCCUAUAGUAUGCCCUC